CUGUAGAACACUACAACGACGUUACGUGUACAGCAUCCUUCCCUAAGUAAGUUGUGGUUGCACUGGAAACAAUAAAGAUUUGUUGGAAAGCGAAGUUCGGAACCCCUUCCAGCGCCAAGGAGAGCUUACUGGAGAGCAAUCGUUGGUGGUUGUUUCUCCUAUUCCUAAUGACCCUCUAGAAGGUCUAUCGUGCACCCAGAGCGCAGUCGAGCUGCCAACACUGAAGCAGAUAUUUUUUUCUGUUAUGUGUUAUCCCACCUGGUGGUUUGUAGUAGCGGGUGUACCAGGUGUACAGGGUUUCUGCGAGUCCUGUUUUCAUUGUGAAUGCUAGCAUGGCGCUGCGAGGAUUAGCAUUGCUCGUUCUGGCAGCGCUGCUCGCCAGUAGCGAGCCAAUUGGACCUAAAAUCCAGGGUCUCGUGACCAUCCCGACCCUGCAGAAGACCGAGCAGUGGCCCAAGAUGCGACCGAGUGUGUUCGUGGCUCUGCUGUGCCGGAAUAAGGCACACCUGCUGCGGAACUCGCUCGGCUAUCUGGAGGAGAUGGACUAUCCUAAGGAUCGCAUCACCAUGUGGAUACACACCGACCACAAUCAGGAUAACACUGCCGAGCUGCUGACCGAAUGGAAGAGAAACGCCCGCUACCUGUUCCACGACAUCAAACUGACCGUUGGCGAAUCGGACGCCUAUACGGCGGUCAACGUGAACGGGACGGCAGACAUGGACUGGAGCGACGAGCGUUACGUUCACGUUCUGAAGCUGCGGCAGGCUGCGCUGGAGGCUGCACGACAGGCCUGGGCUGACUACAUACUGUAUGUGGAUUGUGACAACUUUCUGGUCAACAAUCAAACGCUGAAUAUGCUCAUUGAGCAGAGACGACCUGUUGUAGCACCUAUGCUGAUAAGCAAGCCGAAAUCGGCGUACUCGAACUUCUGGUGUGGCAUGGAUGACAACGGGUACUACCGUCGCACCCCGGAGUACAUACCCACGCUGCUCAGAGAGCGCGUCGGCUGCUUUGAGGUGGUGAUGGUGCACUCGACAUACCUGAUCAAUCUACGACUGCAGGCAUCCCAGCAUCUGGCAUUCUGGCCUCCGCCAUCCGACUAUAAGAAGUCAAUUGACGACAUUCUGGUGUUUGCGCACACCGUAGUGAGUGCCGGCCUGAAGAUGUACAUCCUGAAUACGGAGUACUUUGGGCAGAUGACACCAACUGCUGAUACGUUUGAAAGCCUAGCCGCCGAGGCUCACCAUUAUGAAGGAUUCAAGCAGCAGUUUCUGGUUGAUCACAAGGAUAUUCCAUACAGUCCAUUCAUUGAGCACACCUGGCAACCAGAGGACAACUUGGGAUUUGAUGAGAUUUACCUAAUCAACCUGGCGCGGCGUGAAGACCGCCGUGAGCGCAUGCUACGUUGCUUCCAGGAGCUACGGCUGCCCUUCAAGUGGAUAGCGGCAGUGGAUGGCAAAAACCUGACACAGGAGUAUAAAGAUUCUCUCGGAAUCAAGAUGAUGGAGAACUGGGAAGAUCCCUUCGGUAAACGGCCGAUCACAGACGGUGAGAUUGGCUGCUUCCUCAGCCAUUACAAGGUGUGGAAAGACGUCGUCGACCGUAACCUUGGCGCCGUCAUGGUGAUCGAGGACGAUGCAAAGUUCGAGCCUGGCUUCAACCAGCGUCUGAUUGCCACACUGGAUGAGAUUGAGCAGCUGAAUCUUGCAUGGGAUUUGAUAUAUCUGGGUCGCAAGCGGCUUGAAGGCGUGGAAAACUGGGUACCGGGCAGUAAAUACCUGGUGACGCCUAACUACUCGUACUGGACUGUGGCUUACCUGCUCUCGGCCCGCGGUGCACGCAAGCUGCUCAAGCAAGAGCCGCUCACAAACAUUCUCCCGGUGGACGAGUACCUGCCCAUCAUGUUUGACAAUCAUCCACGAGACAACUGGAAGCUGAAGUAUUCAAUUCGAGACCUGGUCGCCUUCUCCGUUCACCCACUGCUGAUCUACCCGACCCAUUACGUGGGCGACGAGGGUUACUUCAGCGACACGGAGCCGGCCAGUAUCUGGCUAGAGCGGCACAAGAUUCGCGCGGCGCAGCGAAAGGAGAAGGAACGAACUGAGCUCUGAUCAGUCUCCAAUGCAGGUGUCUUGAGUAUGUAUGGCUACACUGCAGAUGUGCUUGCUGGUCAAGUUCUGUGCUCUGCUGUUAUUAUUCCGGAAAACAAACAAAAGCUCUGUCUCCCAUCAUGAUUAUCCUUUUCAUGUCACGUGGUGUUAGCACAUAUGGCACAUGUCAAGUGUACCUCUGAUUACAUCAUCAUUAUGUGCAGCCCUAUAGUGAUGGUGUCAUUUCAAGAUGCAGCCAUGUUUGACUCCAGUGACGUCAUAAAGCAUCAAGCAAAGCCCUGUGUUGUCAAGAUUAAGAAGAUGAUGCUAGCGGUGUGCGUCAACGGAGUGAUGCAGUUAACUGGCAAAGCGUUGUGAGGCUGUGGUCUUGCACUUGUUACAGCUUGAGAUAUGCCACCGUAUACCCGUUUUUUUUGCGAGCUCUCAGAACCGUCAUUGUUCACAUGAGUUUGCCGCUGCUGCUGCUGCUGCUGCUGAGUGUCAAAUCCUGAAUAUGCAAUACCCCACCCUACAGCUAAAUAAAAAAGUAUUGACUUCGCUGAGAACUCAUGCCAUAUUGCAGUACAUGACUGGCAUAGCUGAAAUUCUGUGUCCAGCUGCUAAAACAGUUUGCUGUUUUUCGAUAGAGAUUAUUUUGUGCUGAUUUUACGCCCCAAACGCUUGCCCUAUUUUCAAAUGCGAAGAUUAGUUAUCUAUCUUGUAAAGAUCUAAAAAGGCAA